AUGCAUUCGAUUAGUCGCCUUAUUCGAAAAUAUUCGAGUGUUAGCAGCAAAAUGAGUAUGGAAAAUUCUAAAAAAAAUGUCAAUAUAAUAAAAGAGGAAAUAUGCGAUAAUUACAUAAUGAGUAGAAGACAAAGGGAAAAGGGAAUGAAAUUAGAUUUAAAAAUAUACGAAAAUUUACGAAGGAAAAUGUUAGGAAAACCAUUGAAUAAAUUACAAAGAAAAUAUAUGAAUGAAAAACGGCCAAAUUUUGCUCCUGUAUUUUUGGAUCAGUUAAAGCCUAGAAUGGUUUUGUACAAAGUAGCUAUAAAAGUAAAUGAAUUACCAUUACCUAAAUAUCCAGAAAUUGCAUUUAUAGGAAGAUCAAAUUCUGGUAAAUCGACGCUUAUUAAUGAAUUAUGUGGAAGAAGUAAUAAAGCAAAGGUUAGUAAAAUGCCAGGAUGCACAAAACAAAUUCAUUUUUAUAAAAUAGGAAAACCUUGUUUGUUGUGUUUAGUUGAUUUACCAGGAUAUGGAUUUGCUCAUAGUAAAGAAGAAUUAAGAUUACAAUGGAAUGAAUUCACAUUAUUUUAUUUAAAAAAUCGAACAAACUUAAAAAAAGUUUUUGUAUUAAUUGAUUGUAGAAUAGGGUUAAAAACAAGUGAUAAAGAAUUAUUUCAUUUUUUUGAUAGAUACAACAUUAAAUAUCAAAUUGUUUUAAGCAAAUGUGAUUUAUUAAACACAAAGGAUUUGGCAAUUAAAAUUCAAAUUAUGAAUGAAGAAAUAGUACAUUUUAAAAAUUUGGAAAAAAAUAUUAUUUCACUAAGCUCAUUAAAAAGACAAAAUUUGAAUGAACUAAGAAAUGAAAUUGCUAAAUAUCAGUUAAAUAAAACUAUUAUUAAAAAUAACAUUGUCAUGAAAAUAAAUGAUUUAAUUGAACAAAAAAAAUUGAAAAAAUUAAAAAAUUUGAAAGGUAUGGAUUCAUCACAUAUAACAGAGGGAAAUGGGAAUGAUAACAAAAGUUUUCACUCAAUAGAAAAUGAAGAAAAUGUCUAUGAUGAAGAGAUAUUAGAAAAAAACAAAAAAAAAGAAAACAGAAUGAAAGAUAUCCUAAUAAGUGAUGAUACAAUUUUUGAAGCAGUAAAUCGAUGGAAAAUAUCUGAUAAUAAUAUAGAUGAUACAAAUUUUAAUAAAUAUAUGAAUUUUUAUACUAGAAACUUAAUAAAUUCAGUACAAGAACAUUUUUUAAAUAAAUGCCGAAAAUUAUAUAAUGAAAAAGAUUUAAAAAUUAUAGAUAACAUUAUAGAGAAUUUAGAGGGUGAUAAUAAUCACAGUGAUACAAGUGUAACGCGCGAACAUAAUAAGCAUUUAGAAAAUAAAGAAAAGGAGGAGAAAAAAAUGAUUUACAUAAAUUCAGAAGACAAAUUUAAAAGAGAGUCUACAUAUAUGAAAAAAAAAACUCAAAAAAAAGUUCAUAACUUAGAACUGACAAUAAAUUAUGAAAAUGUUAUCAAAAAUGAAGCCCUUAACUUGGAUUUACAAAAUAAAGAAACAACAGUUAAUUUUGAAAAUUUUAAUAUAAGUUGUGAAAAUGAAACAAGUGUUGAUAAAAAUGUAUAUAAUAAUAGCACACAUAAUGAAUAUUGUUUAGAUGAAUCAGAUAUGAAGUUGGAAAAAAAACAUGAUUUAUAUAUAGAGAAAGAGAAUGAAAAAUCAACGGAAUACGAAGUAUAUGAUAAUAGUAAUAGUUUCAAAAUAGAAAAUAACCAAAUAAAUAUUGAAAAUGAUUUGUUCAAUAGUAGCUUGCUAUUUUUUGAUGAAAACAAAAGUAACGAGUCGGAAUAUGUAUAUUCAAAAAAUGUUGAAAUGGGAGAUUUAUUUGAAAAUAAUAAUUGUAACAAUAAUUAUAAUAAAGGGGGUAAAGAUCAUUUUAAAAAUUUUGAUUAUUCAAAAAUAAAAAAUGAUACAUUAUUAGAAGAAGAUGAAACAUAUAGUAAAGAAGAUUAUAUGAGUGGUUUAAAGAUGGGUAAGGUCAAAAAAAAUAUGUAUAAUAACCCAUUAAAUGAUUAUACAUUUAACAUAAAUGAUAAAAAUACUUAUAAUAUAUAUGAAAAAAGUAAAUCAGAGGCGUACAAAAUUUACAUGGGGCAACAGCUAGAAAAUUUUCAUAAUGAUCAAAACUCGAAUUCAUCAAAGGAAAUGAAAAGGACAAAUAAUUUGAACAUGAAAAAUAAUGAUUUGAACGAGUAUGAUGGAACAAAUACAAAUAAAGACUUGAUUGUAAGUAAAAAUGAAGAAGACAUUUAUAUAAGGAAACAUUAUAUAGGGUUAAAAACGAGGAAUAAAAUUAUAAGGGGAACUAAAAAAUUAAAACUAUUUGGAAAAAACCGAACAAAAGAAAUUGUAAAUGUUCCCAUAGACUUAGCCACAGAUUAUUUCAAACUAAAUAAUAAUUCCGAAUUCUAUGAUAAGAAAAAUAAAAAAAACAAUUGGAAUUAUAUUAAUUCAAAGUAUAAUAAGUGGCUAAAAAAAAUGGGUGGUAAAAAUAUAUCUUCUGAGAUUGUAGGAUCUGUUAGAAAGGAAGAUGUGAUGAGAAGAUAUGCACAAAAACAGGAAGGAAAAUAUUCAAAAGAAAAAAAUAAAUUGUUAAUACAGAAAAAAAAAUUAGGAAUGAUAACAAAACCUCCUAGCCACCACAAAAAAGGCAAAUAUUCUAAAAAUUACAACAUAUCUGAUGAACAAAAAAUGUUUGAUAGAGAUGCCUUCUUCAAAUAUCGAGACGUUCAAAAGUGA